AUGGCAAAGGGACAACUUCAGCAGCAAGAGCAGCCAUGGACCAUUUUGCAAAACAGGAUAGAGUUGGACACAGACAUGAAACUCACAAGAUCUGGGAAAAUCGCUCUAAGUAUCUUGGUGGUCAUAAUUGUGGCAGCAGCCAUUGGAGUCAUUGUUUAUUUCGUGGUCUAUGGUAAAACACCUUUCUACUACCAUGUCACCUUUAAACUUAGUAAUGUUGACUAUGACAGCAAGUUUGGCAAGCCAUAUUCUCAAGAAUACAUAGAUCUAAAUGAAAGGAUAGUGUCUUUGGUGAAUAAAACAUUUCAAGCAUCCAAACUGAGGAGACAGUAUGUCAUAUCCCACGUUGCCAAAGUCAGACAGGCCAGUGGUAAAGCAAUAGUGGAUCUGGUACUGAAGUUUAAGUCCUGUUACAACAAUAAUGCAGCAGUAUUUCGAGACAGGGCAAGAAAUAUUUUACUUCAGAAGCUGACAGGUGACACAGGAUCAGUAUGUAUUGAUUCUUCCUCAUUUAAACUUACAGGUUGUGGAAGACGAACAAAAGCAUCCCCUGGCAACAAAAUAGCUGGAGGCUUGGAUAGUGUGGAAGGGGAAUGGCCCUGGCAAGCCAGCCUGCAACAGAAUAAUAUUCACAGAUGUGGGGCUACUCUAAUUAGUAACAACUGGCUUCUCACUGCUGCACACUGCUUUGUAAAUGCCAAAGAUCCUCGAGAAUGGAGUGUGACCUUCGGACUCCUUUUAAGUGAUUCAAAACUGAGGCGAAGUGUGAAAAAUAUUAUUGUUCAUGAAAAAUAUCAAUAUCCAGCUCAUCACUAUGACAUUGCCGUUAUAAAUCUGUCCAAACCAGUACUAUAUACAAGCAAUGUUCGAAAGGUUUGUCUUCCAGAAGCAAAUUAUAACUUCCCUCCAAAUUCUGAUGUGGUAGUCACAGGAUGGGGAUCAAGAAAAACUGAUGGAACAAGUCCUGAUGUUCUCCAAAAAGGAAUAAUGAGAAUUAUAGAUACUGCCACAUGCAAUAAAAAAGAGGUAUAUGAUGGUACCAUAACAGAUGGAAUGCUGUGCGCUGGGUUCCUGGCAGGAAGAAUAGAUGCCUGCCAGGGUGACUCAGGUGGACCACUGGUUAGUUCAGAUUCUAGAGGCAUCUGGUUUCUUGUUGGAAUCGUGAGCUGGGGAGAUGAAUGUGCUCUUCCAAAUAAGCCUGGAGUCUAUACUCGAGUCACUUACUAUAGAAACUGGAUUACAUCAAAAACUGGGCUCUAG